GAGAGAUAGUAAGAGUAUUGCACUGGGGAGUAUCUGCCAAGAGAGUGCAAUACAUUUUCAGCUCAUUAAGCUGGAUAAACAAAGGUCUUACUGCAGGAGAUGCUGAGGGUCAUGGACACUACCUGGAAAACAACAAAAAGUAUGUGUUUUUCAAUUUGAAUUGUAAGUUUUAUUGUAAUUAUCUUUACAUGUAUUGUAUUUCUUAAUGUCUCGUUGACCAAUUACAAUAUUUAUUUUCUCUGUAAAACUUCACCCGUACAACCCCUGAAACCUGUAAAGGUUCAAAGCAGCAUCAUUAUAAGGUUAUUUCUCUUACUAGAGGCUUCAUAUGCUGAUGCAGAUUACUGUUACAACCUUUUUUUUUGUGCAUAUUAUCAGGAUCAAUAUCUCUAGAGGGGCGGUUGAGGAGAAUUAAUGGGAUGCCAACAAAUUCACUAAAAAACGCCCACAGCCUGCCUCAGCGCACCCUUUGUCUGGCUGUAAAUUGAUGAGGAAGACCAGAUGCGUGUCAGAGGCUGAACAAAAUGGGUAAUGCCAUGCGAGGCAUCAUAGCCUUUAUACCCUCAGAGCGGUGCCAACGCUUCUUGGUGGGGGACCUGAGGGAGAUGCCACUGGAUCGGACCCUGGACCUGAGCAGUCGGCAGCUGCGCCGACUGCCUCUUGCUGCCUGUGUCUUUGAUGAACUGGUGAAGCUAUACCUGAGUGACAACAAUCUCAGCAGCUUACCGGCUGAACUGCAGGGCCUGAAGAAGCUGCAGCUCCUCGCUCUUGACUUUAACUGCUUUGAGGAGCUCCCUGCAUCUGUUUGCAGAUUACCCCAGCUCAGCAUCCUUUACCUGGGCAACAACAGGCUUUACAGCCUCCCCAGAGAGCUGGGAGAGCUGAAGGAUCUUAAUACCCUGUGGCUGGAGAUGAACUGCUUCACUGUUUUCCCCAAAGUGGUCUGUGAUCUCCCUAAUCUCAAGACUCUGCACCUGGGUUACAAUCAGAUACAGAGUUUACCUGGAGAGCUGGGACAACUGGAGGAGCUAAGGAGUAUCUGGCUCGCUGGGAACCAGCUGGCUGAGUUUCCCCCAGUGUUGCUUGAUAUGCACUUCCUGGCCGUUAUCGAUGUGGAUCGGAACAAAAUCCGCCGCUUCCCGAGCCUGUGCCACAUGCAGGGACUGAAACUUGUCAUCUAUGACCAUAACCCCUGCGUUAACGCCCCUGUAGUGGGUGAGGGAGUCAGAAGAGUUGGGCGCUGGGCGGACUGUUCAGAUGAAGAACAGGAAGAUGAGGGGUCAAAAGCAGCAAGUGAGACAACAGCAGAGGUCACAGAAGUUCACCCAGAGGAGGAGCACAACAUUUAG